UCACCCCAGUACCCACCAGGGAGCGAGAGCAGGGGAGACAUUGAGGCCAUGACCUUGGUCUGAAGUUGUGACCUUGUUUCCAACACUCAUCUUUGGACACAAUGGGAGAAGGGAGAGAAAGGAUUAAUAGCUAAUCCCCAGCAGAAGCCCAACAAAGAGGAAACUCUUGAAGCACUUAUCCUUCUAUUACAUCCUACUAAAAAAGGGAAGGAAAUUCUUAUUUACUAAGCCCUUCCCAUGGGCCAGACCCUGGACCCUGUGUUUUUACCUGCACUACCUCAUUCUGAGCUUACAAUAACCUUGUGAGGGAGGAACUUUGGCCCCUGUUUUUCAGAGGAGGAAACUGUGGCUUAAAAUAUCUGGGUCGUUCGCCUGAAGUCACACAGCUGGUAAAUGACAGAGGGAGGAUUCAAAUCUCGCUCUUCCUUCAGAGUGGUCUGUGACGAUACCUGGUGUUCCCUAGGUGCUGAAUAAGUGUUUGUUUUGCCCCCUUUCUGCCCACAUGCUAAUCCAAGCAGGUGUAGAGAAGAGCUGAUUUGGGGGGGGGAGGUCCUGGCACCCAACACUUCCUGGAGGGGCCAGAACGCCACCUUGUCACAGAACAUUAGUCACAUCAGAACAUUAAUCACUUGCACACAGUGCUUUUGAGCUGACAAGGUUCUUUCCCACACCUUAUCUCCUGGUCUAAGGGAGCCGACUGCACUGAUACCUAAAGAUCCUUCAGGCUGCUGGGAAAGAGAUCAGGCUGCUGGGAAAGAGAUCGGCAGGCAAGUCAUCCUACGUGAUAAGCCUCAGAGAGGCAAAGUCCCCCUCCCCAUGGACAUACAUAGGUACACAGUGCACGGCCACUGUCCUGGUGGGAGGGAUAGCUCGCUCAGCUGGGCAUCUGGGCGGCGGGUAGGGCUGUUGGGGUGUUGCAACCCUCCCUGGGACAGCCAGCCGAGCCGAGCCUGUAGCUGAGAAGUGUUACCCUCUAGACCUGAUAACCUAUUGUGCUCCUGGAGGUCUCCUCCUCCUGAAAGGACUUUAGUCUUUGGAGCUGUCAGAUGAACCGAGUGAGAUAAGAGCUUGGCAGGCUGCGAAGGAAGGGAGGGAACACUCCAUAGCCGCCUACUGCCCGGUUGAGACUCACACCAUGGAGCCAAGGGCGGCCCGAUCGCGGAAGGGAGAAGGGCCGAGAGGAGAGCAAGAGCGCCGACGCUCCGGAGGUGGAAACAUUGAGAAGGACAGAGGCCUGGACUUGGUGCAAUGGACCCGACAUAUGGAGGCUGUGAAGACACAGUUGCUGGAGCAAGCACAGGGACAGCUGAUAGAGCUGCUGGAUCGGGCCGUGCAGGAAGCCAUCCAAUGCUACCCACCACAAGGCGGACCCCUGUCCUCCAUUCCUCCAGAUUCCUUGAGCAAGGCCCGGGAGCCAUCCCUGGGGAAGCGGAAAAUUUUCAUCAUCCGAAAGUCCCUGCUUGACGAGCUGAUGGAAGUACAGCAUUUCCGCACCAUCUACCACAUGUUCAUCGCCGGCUUGUGCGUCUUCAUCAUCAGCACCCUGGCCAUCGACUUCAUUGAUGAGGGCAGGCUGAUGCUGGAGUUUGACCUACUGAUCUUCAGCUUUGGACAGCUGCCCUUGGCGCUGAUGACGUGGGUCCCCAUGUUCCUGUCCACUCUGCUGGUGCCCUACCAGGCCCUGAGGCUGUGGGCGAGGCCCCGGGCAAGAGGGGCCUGGAUGCUGGGGGUGGGCCUGGGCUGCAUGAUGCUGGCUGUCCACACCACCGUGCUCUGGGUCCUCCCCGUCCACGUGGCGUUGAAGUAUCAGCUCCCGCCUGCCUCCCGCUGUAUCCUGGUCUUUGAGCAGGUCAGGCUCCUGAUGAAGAGCUACUCCUUCUUGAGAGAGGCUGUGCCUGGAACCCUUUGUGCCAGAGGAGGUGAGGGCAUGCGGGCCCCCAGUUUCUCCAGCUACCUCUACUUCCUCUUCUGCCCCACACUAAUCUACAGGGAGACUUACCCCAGGACACCCAAUGUCAGGUGGAAUUACGUGGCCAAGAACUUUGCCCAGGCUCUGGGCUGCGUACUCUAUGCCUGCUUCAUCCUGGGCCGCCUCUGCGUUCCCGUCUUUGCCAACAUGAGCCGGGAGCCCUUCAGUACCCGGGCUCUGGUGCUGUCUAUCAUGCAUGCCACCUUGCCAGGCAUCUUCAUGCUGCUGCUCAUCUUCUUUGCCUUCCUCCACUGCUGGCUCAACGCCUUCGCAGAGAUGCUACGGUUUGGAGACAGAAUGUUCUAUCGGGACUGGUGGAAUUCAACGUCCUUCUCCAACUACUACCGCACUUGGAACGUGGUGGUCCAUGACUGGCUGUACAGCUACGUCUAUCAAGAUGGGCUGUGGCUUCUCGGUGGCCGGGCCCGAGGGGCAGCCAUGCUGGGUGUGUUCCUGGUUUCUGCAGUGGUCCAUGAGUACAUCUUCUGCUUUGUCCUGGGAUUCUUCUACCCGGUCAUGCUCAUGCUCUUCCUUGUCUUUGGAGGGCUGCUGAACUUCAUGAUGCAUGACCGGCACACAGGCCCAGCAUGGAAUGUGUUAAUGUGGACCCUGCUCUUUCUGGGCCAAGGCAUCCAAGUCAGCCUGUACUGCCAGGAAUGGUAUGCACGGCGACACUGCCCCCUACCCCAGACAACCUUCUGGGGGCUGGUGACACCUCGAUCUUGGUCCUGCCAUACCUAGAAGUCAGAGCACCGUCACUGCCCAGAGGACGCCACCAAGUCCUUCUCUGCCUGCAAAGCCUCGGACCAGAGCACCUCUCCCUGCAUUCCUAGAUCUAGCUCCAAGUCAAGGGGGCCUGGCAGGCAUGACCCCAGCAGGGAAUGCCAGGGACUGAGAUCUGAGGACCUGUAGAACCGCUAAGCACCUCUUGAGCCACCAAGCCCCACGGAUUGGGCACAGAGCCCCCUCCUACCUCAUCACUGUCCAGACUUGGGGAUACUUGAAGGAUCUUAUAGAUUUGGUGAAUGUGGGGUGACUUAGAGAAAUGAGGGCCAUCAAGGUCUGAGAAAGGUUUGACUCUUUGUACUGCUUCCAAUACAAUAAUAAAGUUUGUAUCCCUUUUUAUUCA